UUUUGGGGGGGGGGGGUGUCUGCUCACUUUCUGGUACCCCUCACCCAGGGCCAGCUGCCUGAUAAGGGCUCCUGGUUGCCUUUAAGGGCGUUUUUAGGGGAGGCGAGGGGAGCGGAGCGGGGCUGGACUUGGAGCGCGCUGUGCAGCUGGGAAGAGAGGGAAAAGGAGAAGAAAGAGGGAGAAGGAGCGAGAGGAGAAAGGGGAGGGGUGGAAAAAGCCGCCCAGGACCCCCUUCCUACCCAGAGCGGGAGCCGGCGCCCCCGAACUCCCCAGUCCCCGGCUGCCCCGGGGGUGCGGAGGGGAGCGGGGGCCGGCGGGCCCCCCUGCGCUCCACCAUCGCCGGGGUCCUGCUUGAGGGGAGCGAAACCUUUCGGCUCUCCCCCUCCUUCCCUCCCCUCCCUCCUCCCUCCGUCCUUCCUUCCUUCCUUCUCCAGGCUUGGCCCGGGGAGGGAGGGGGGCUCUGCCUGCAGUCUGCCUUCACGCCUGCCCGCCCGCCCGGGCGACGCCGGGCUCCCGCCUGCCCCCCCCGGCCCUCCCGGCCGCCCCCCGCGCCCCCCGGGCCAGGUGAGGCAGCGCUGCCGUCCCUUUCGGAUGUAGGCAGGCGAGACCCCGGAUGGAUUUCGGGAGCGUCAUGAACCAGGCUGUGACCCCCUGCUCUGCCGCUGUCAACUAUGAGCUGCCAUCCGUGGGAGAGAGCAUCAGGAAGCAGGUAGACACCCUGGAUGCCACGAAAUCCCCCAGGAGUGGGCAGUCGCGCCGCAAAGCAUCCAGGAGCAUGAGCCUGACAGCGGCCAUGGAGAGCAGCUGCGAGCUGGACCUGGUGUACAUCACGGAGCGGAUCAUUGCCGUCUCCUACCCCAGCACGGCCGAGGAGCAGAGCUUCUGCAGCAACCUCCGUGAGGUGGCCCACAUGCUGAAGUCCAAGCAUGGGGACAACUAUGUGCUCUUCAACCUCUCUGAGCGAAGAAAUGAUAUCAGCAAACUUCACCCCAAGGUGCUGGAUUUUGGGUGGCCUGACCUGCACACCCCAGCGCUGGAGAAGAUCUGCAGCAUUUGCAAAGCCAUGGACACAUGGCUCAAUGCGGUGCCACACAACGUGGUGGUGCUGCACAACAAGGGGAACCGUGGCCGGCUGGGGGUGGUGGUGGCUGCCUACAUGCACUACAGCAACAUCUCAGCCAGUGCCAACCAGGCUCUGGACAGAUUUGCCAUGAAGCGCUUCUAUGAGGACAAGAUAGUGCCUGUGGGACAGCCGUCCCAGAAGAGGUACAUCCAUUACUUCAGUGGGCUCCUCUCUGGCAGCAUCAAGAUGAACAACAAGCCCCUCUUCCUCCACCAUGUCAUCAUGCAUGGCAUCCCCAACUUCGAGUCCAAAGGCGGUUGUCGGCCCUUCCUGAAGAUCUACCAGGCCAUGCAGCCCGUCUACACCUCAGGGAUCUACAACGUGCAAGGAGACAGCCAGACGGGCAUCUGCAUCACCAUCGAGCCUGGCUUGCUCCUCAAGGGUGACAUCUUGCUGAAGUGUUACCACAAGAAGUUCCGCAGCCCGACCCGGGACGUGAUUUUCCGCGUGCAGUUCCACACGUGCGCCGUGCACGACCUCGAUGUCGUCUUUGGCAAGGAGGACCUGGACGAGGCCUUCAGAGAUGACCGUUUUCCGGAGUAUGGAAAGGUGGAGUUUGUGUUCUCCUAUGGCCCUGAGAAGAUCCAAGGCAUGGAGCACCUGGAGAACGGGCCCAGUGUUUCCGUGGACUACAACACGUCUGACCCACUCAUCCGGUGGGACUCCUACGAGAACUUCAACAUCCAGCGCGAGGAGAGCACGGAGGGCACCUGGGCUGAGCCACCCCUGCCUGGCAAGCACCUGGAGAAAGAGGUUGGGCACACGCAAGGGCCCCUGGACGGGAGCCUCUACGCUAAAGUGAAGAAGAAAGAUUCCCUGCACGGCAGCACUGGUGCCGUCAACGCCGCCCGCCUCCUGCUCUCGGCAGCACCCAACCACGUCGAGCACACCCUCUCGGUGAGCAGCGAUUCGGGCAACUCCACCGCCUCCACCAAGACCGACCGGACCGAUGAGCCGGCGGUGCCUGCGGUGCCCGGUGGCCAGGCGGUGCUGAGCCCUGAGGAGAAGCGGGAGCUGGAUCGUCUCCUUGUCGGCUUUGGCUUGGAGAGCGCUCUGCCCAUGCACAACCACGUGCCUGGCCCCGUACCAGCGCGCCUGCCCACCAUGCCGGGCCGCCAUGUGGUGCCAGCUCAGGUGCAUGUCAACGGGAAUGCUGCGGUGCUGGUGGCUGAGCGGGAAACAGAUAUCUUGGAUGAUGAGCUACCCAACCAGGAUGGGCACAGUGUGGGCAGCCUGGGCACUCUUUCCUCCUUGGAUGGCACCACCAUCGCCAGUGAGGCUGGCUACCAAGAGGCACCCCGGGUGGGCAGCGUCUCCUCCCUACCCAAUGGCCCCACAAGCUGCAACGGGGCUGAGAAGCUGCUGAAGGAUGGGCUGUAUGAUGGUGAGCCGCUUUCCAACGGUGGCUACUCCUACAACAACCAGAAUGCCCUCAUGGGCCACCACAUUCGUGACCCACUGCCCCCCUUGCAGUCCUCAGCAUCCGCCCAGGAGCACCUGGCUGGCUACCCACAGCGCCCACAGGGCUCCCAUGCCCCGGGCUGGCACCAACCCCAUGCACUGCCUGUAUCCCAGCCCUACCUGUACAGCUACGACCCCCCUGGCACCUAUCGCUCCCGAUCCUUCCCGGCGGUGGACACGAUCAAGUAUGGCACAACCCCAGCACUGCCCCAGGCCCCGGCUCGCAGCACCAGCAGCCGGGAAGCCGUGCAGAGGGGCUUGAAUUCCUGGCAGCAGCAAGGAGGGAGCCGGCCACCUUCCCGGCUGCAGGAGGGUGGCAUGGAGAGCCACAGCCCCAGCGUGUCCAGCUGCAGCCCCCAGCCCAGCCCACUGCAGCUGGUGCCCCCGCACAGCCACAGCAUGCCCGAAUUCCCCCGGGCGCCCUCCCGCCGGGAGAUUGAGCAGUCCAUCGAAGCCCUCGACAUCCUCAUGCUGGACCUCGCGCCUGCCGUCCACAAGUCUCAGAGUGUGCCUGCUGCCUCCCGCCAGGACAAGCCGGCGGCGGGACCCCUGCGCUCCUCCCAUCUGGCACAGCCCAGUGCCACUCUCUAUGCCCGGCCGGCUGCACAGGUGGCCCAGCCAAGGUCCUUCGGCACCUCUGUGAGCCCCGUGGUGUCCGAGCCUGGGGUUAAAGCCUAUCCUCCAGGGGAAUUGGACUAUGGGGUGCAUGAGUACCGGGAGGCCUAUUCGCCUUACAACUACCAGCCGGCACCAGUGCCGGAGCCGAGGAGCUACAGUCAUGCCCCAGCCGGACCACCCAUGGGCAUCCUCCCGCUCAGCACUUCCUACAGCCCCGUGGGGUCUCAGCAGCUCCUCGUCUCCUCCCCGCCUUCCCCCACCGUCCCAGCACAAACCCAGAUGCCCCUCAAGGGACCAGAGAGCUAUGAAGACCUGUCGAGGUCGGGAGAAGAACCCUUGAAUCUGGAGGGCCUGGUGGCCCACAGGGUGGCAGAGUACAACGCCAGGCUCAGGAACCUCAACAAGAGCACCAAAGUCCCCCGUCCUCCUCUGAACAAGCAACGGUCCUUCUCUGGGGUACAGUCCCAGGAGAAGCCCCCGGAGGAGAGUGUGGUCCCUGCCCGCAAGCGGACCCCCAGCGACAGCCACUAUGAGAAGAGCUCCCCGGAGCCCAGCUCACCCCGCAGCCCCACCGUCCUCUCGCCUGAGGUGGUCAGCACCAUCGCAGCCAACCCUGGAGGGAGGCCCAAAGAGCCUCACCUCCACAGCUACAAAGAAGCCUUUGAAGAGAUGGAGGGUGCCUCCCCCACCAGCCCACCCUCCAGCGGCGGUGAGAUUUCUCCCCCCACCCCAGCCUUCCCUGUCUCACCACAAACCCCUUGCUCUGAUCCCUUGCGCUCUCCCCCCGGCCUGGCCAAGACCCCGCUGUCAGCACUGGGGCUGAAACCCCACAACCCGGCUGAGAUCCUGCUGCAUCCAGUGGGAGAGCCCAGGAGCUACGUUGAGUCCGUGGCCCGCACAGCCACGACAGGCAGGGGAGGGAGCCUGCCCACCACCCAGCCCAUGGGCCCAGAGGUGCCCACCAGGAACGGCACCUUCAACAACUCCUUCACUGCCCCCAGUCCUGUCUCCACCAGCAGCCCCAUUCACAGUGUGGACGGGACCUCCCUCCACAGCUACCCUUCAGAUGGCAGCCCCCAUGGCACAGUUACACCUCCCCAUGCAUCGGUCGAGCCUGUUUACCGGUCACCUGUCAGCUCGCAGAUGCCUUCUGCUCACAGCAGCUACCAAAACUCGUCUCCAUCUUCCUUUGCAAUGGUCCAAGGUGGGGGCCUGGGCUCGUCGUACUCCAGCCCUGACUACCCCGACAGCCGAGCUGCCCUCCAGCCAGACCCCCAAGCUCGUCUGCAGCCACAGGUCAACGUGGUAGGAGUUCAUGUCCUGCCAGGGAGCCCUCGCUCCCUGCACCGGACAGUGGCUACCAACACACCACCCAGCCCCAGCUUGGGGCGAAGAGCCGUCAAUCCUGGCAUGAGUGGCACUCCUGGCAGCCCCGGGCUGGGCAGACAUGCUGUGGCAGCCCAUGGCAACCUGGUGGUCUCACCGGGGAGCCCCAGCCUGGCCAGGCAUCAAACCGCAGCUGUCCCCCCCGGCAGCCCCUUGUAUGGCUACCCCAGCCCAGAUGAGAGGCGCCCAACGCUCUCCCGGCAGAGCAGCUCUUCUGGCUACCAGCCUCCCUCUACGCCAUCCUUCCCCGUCUCGCCGGCGUACUACCCUGGCACGAGCACGCCGCACUCCUCCUCCCCGGACUCGGCCGCGUACCACCAGGGCAGCCCCACGCCGCAGCCCGCGCUGCCAGAGAAGCGGCGGAUGUCGGCCGGGGACCGCUCCAACAGCCUCCCCAACUACGCCACUGUCAAUGGCAAGGCAUCCUCGCCCCUCUCCAGUGGCAUGUCCAGCCCCAGCGGUGGGAGUGCCGUCACCUUCCACACCCUGCCGGACUUCUCCAAGUUCUCCAUGCCAGACAUCAGCCCUGAGACUCGUGCCAAUGUCAAGUUUGUGCAGGACACUUCCAAGUACUGGUACAAACCGGAGAUCUCCAGGGAGCAAGCCAUUGCAUUGCUGAAGGACAGGGAGCCGGGGGCUUUCAUCAUCCGAGACAGCCACUCCUUCCGGGGAGCCUACGGCCUUGCCAUGAAAGUAGCUUCUCCACCUCCCACGGUCAUGCAGCAGAACAAGAAAGGAGACAUCACCAAUGAGCUGGUGAGACAUUUCCUCAUCGAGACCAGCCCGCGGGGUGUGAAACUAAAAGGAUGCCCCAACGAGCCCAAUUUUGGCUGUCUCUCGGCUCUGGUGUACCAGCACUCCAUCAUGCCCUUGGCCUUGCCCUGCAAGCUGGUCAUUCCUGACCGAGAUCCCAUGGAGGAAAAGAAAGACACCACGUCAGCCACCAACUCAUCCACAGACCUCCUCAAACAGGGCGCAGCCUGCAAUGUCCUCUUCAUCAACUCAGUGGAGAUGGAGUCACUGACAGGCCCCCAGGCUAUUGCAAAGGCUGUAGCUGAGACGCUGGUGGCCGACCCCACACCCACUGCUACCAUCGUCCACUUCAAAGUCUCUGCACAAGGCAUCACCUUAACUGACAACCAGAGGAAAUUGUUCUUCCGACGACACUACCCCCUCAACACUGUCACAUUCUGCAACCUGGACCCCCAGGAACGAAAGUGGACUAAAACUGAUGGCAGUGGCCCAGCCAAGCUCUUUGGCUUUGUGGCCAGGAAGCAAGGGAGCACCACAGACAACGUCUGCCAUCUCUUUGCCGAGCUGGACCCAGACCAGCCGGCUGCAGCCAUUGUCAACUUUGUCUCCAGGGUCAUGCUUGGCUCCAGCCAGAAGAGAUGAGCUGGUGCUUGCGGGUGAUUCUUGAAUUUUGGAGAAGGACUUGGAGCUGAUCCGAGAAGGAGUGUGAGGAAGUGCAUUGUGGGAGAGGGAAGUGAAUUGGGGGAAAAAAAAGGGUUGGAAUUCUGGAGGAAAACAGCAAACAACAAAAAAACGCAAAAGCCAACGGAACCCCUAAAAACUCAACACAAGCCAAACACACACAUAGAGGAACCAAAACCACGCACCUAUGUAAGAGAACCACAAAGUCACGCCAGACAGGAUGCAUGUCCCACCGCAGGGAA